UGCAUGCAUGCAUGCGGCAUUUAUCGGUGAUGUUAUCAGCCAAAGAAGCUGAUUGCUGUUAAUGUCAAUUUUCCUUUUAUUGGUGCUGAUAUGAUCUGGACUGAUGUAUCUGUGUGCCAUUAGCAAGAGUCAGGACUGAACCCCUCAUAUCUCCAUGCCUCGAAUAAAAAAUAAACUAAGUCUGGAUCUGAAUGUUGCAUGUUAUGCCACUCACUGGUUAGGUGGUGGCAAAGGCCUGAAUCUUGUGCACUUGGGGAACUUAUGUUUGCAAUUGUGGGUAUACAAAAUCAGUAAUAGUCUUCUACAGAAUCUCCAGGCAGUGGGCAAGGUUAAACUUGCUUUCUUCCUGGAGGUUGACUUUGUUAAUAGAUCAACAGAUAAUGCAAAACAAAUUCCAACCCAAGACCUUCCACCCUGUUGGCUUGGCUGUUCACUCCAGAGGAAUUCCGAGACCUGAUUCCAACUCCUGUGCAUCUGGGGAGGACUCACUGGUGAAUGGUACUUCUGGAGAUGUAAAGGAUGCUGUAGUGAUCCUGGAAAAGACUCCCUUCCAGGAGGAGAACAUCUCUGAUCUGCUGAAGAAUCAUACCAAGUUACAGCUCCAGAUGUCCAAUGACAUCUACAGCACCUACCACCUGUACCCACCUCCACAGCUGAGUGAGAUAAAAACCACAGUGAUAUACCCUGCCACAGAGAAACACCUUCAGAAAUAUCUGCGCCAAGAAGUGCAUCUCAUCCGCGAGACUGGGGAGGAUUACAAGAACAUUACGCUGCCAUUUAUCCAGUCCCAGAGCUUCAGCAUCCAGUGGGUAUAUAAUAUUCUGGAGAAAAAGGCUGAGGCUGAUCGGAUAAUCCAUGAAAACCCUGAUCCUUGCAAUGGCUUUGUUCUCAUUCCAGAUUUUAAAUGGAAUCAAAAACAGCUAGAUGACCUGUAUUUGAUAGCCAUCAGCCACCGGCGGGAGAUAAAAUCACUGCGGGACCUCACCUCUGAGCAUCUGCCUUUGCUAAAGAACAUCUUGCAGGAAGGGAAGGAAGCCAUAUUGAAGCGCUUUGGGGUGGCUGGUACUCAGCUGAGGAUAUACCUGCAUUACCAGCCGUCCUACUAUCACCUGCAUGUGCAUUUCUCUGCUCUGAGCUACGACGCGCCUGGCAUCUCAGUGGAGAGAGCCCACCUCUUGACAGAUGUGAUUGACAAUCUGGAGCUUGAUCCCCAGUACUACCAAAAGCAGGCACUAACCUUUGCUCUCCGGGCAGAUGAACCCUUGCUGAAGAAAUUCCAAGAGGCAGGAAGAGCUUGAUUUCAGAGACUGAAUGUGGGCUGGUAAAAUCCCUUUUUAUAUGGAUAUGUCUGUCAUUGACUUGUGUGGGGGUUUUAGUUUUUGUCAUUGAUUUUUUUUUUUUUUUUAACUUGGGUUUUGUAAGAGUUGGGAUUGUAUUCCCACAACUUCUCCCUCCAUUUUUUAUCAAUAAAUAUUGGUUAUUAGACUUUU